AGUCGCUGGUUUUGAAAACCAUAAUACUCCAGCUCCUGCUUCCUCACCGACCUGCCAACCUCUCCUUCCGAGUCUCCGCAUUAACUUGUUUUAACGCCGACUGAACACGGUUUCAUAACAUCCAAACUUCGCAAGAGGUGUAAGAAAUGGCGAAAAUUUGGAGCUGGGUCCAAGUCGACAGUAUUCGAAGCCUGUGUGUAGUUUCAUUCCAUCAGCGUGCAGUAGUUAUGGCAGCGUCAUCAACACUACAAGAAGAUCAAGUGAAGCAGAAGCAGCGUAUAGAGGCUAGUAAGCUCUAUAUCAAUGUAUCUCCCGACGAAAAGGAUCCGGUCGUGUAUUCAAGCUCUUACAACGUCUCAUUCCUGGGCAUCGAAAAGCUGCAUCCUUUCGAUGCAUCAAAGUGGAGCCACGUACAAAACUUUCUCUCAGAUGACGGAGUGCUGAAGCAGAAGCGCAUAGUAGAACCUGUUGAGGCUACAAGAGAUGAUCUUCUCGUGGUACAUACUGAAAAAUAUCUGGAUAGCUUAAAUAGCAGUUAUGUAGUGGCUCAAAUUACUGAGGUAGCACCAGUGGCGUUUCUGCCGAACUUCUUAGUGCAGUGGAAGCUUCUGCAUCCUUUUCGAAAACAGGUAGGCGGUACAGUACUGAGUGCUAAGUUAGCCAAAGAGAGGGGCUGGGCCAUCAACAUAGGAGGCGGCUUUCACCAUUGUUGCGCCAACGAGGGGGGUGGUUUUUGCGCUUAUGCGGACAUCACUUUGGCUAUUCAAUUUGCGUACACACGUCUGGCUAUUUCAAGAGUGAUAAUUAUUGACCUAGAUGCUCACCAAGGUAACGGCCACGAGCGGGACUUCACGAAUGAUGACAGAGUCUACAUCAUCGACAUGUACAACGAAGACAUCUAUCCGCAGGAUUUCAAAGCUAGGAAACGGAUCAAUCAAGCAGUUGCUCUGAAGAGCGGCACAAAAACCGAUAGGUACCUUGCACUAUUGAGUCAAGAGUUGAAGAAAGCUGCAACCAUCUUUAAGCCAGAGCUGGUGGUGUACAAUGCCGGAACUGACGUCCUGGAGGGUGAUCCUCUGGGCAGGCUGCUUGUAUCACCAGAGGGAGUGAAGCAACGGGACGAAAUGGUCUUCCGGUUUGCUAAAGACCAGAAAUCCCCAAUUAUCAUGCUCACUUCAGGUGGCUAUAUGAAGACAAGUGCUCGCGUUAUUGCUGAUUCUAUUAAAAACCUCGCUGCCAAGCGUCUCAUUUCGCUUCCAAGUGGUUCCUCGGGAUCAUCAUCUUAAAGUUCAUAAACAAACCUCUUCCUCUUAGCACGUGGCUUUCGUAUAAGUUCACUUAUGUCGUGCAGGAUAAAGCUUCAGAAGCUUCGUAAGCAGAGGAUUUAAACUGGAAUAAAUAAGCUUAAAACUGUACAGUCAGUGUGAAUAUGCACAAAAGGCAGCACUAACACAGCAGUAGAGGCCCUUGAACUUCGUGUAAUCUUUAGCAAUAUCGAACAUUAAUUGGUCGAACGCAGUGCAUAUGUAGAUCUCCUCUCCUUUUAUGUCGAUAAUAAACUGUUUGCGCUUAAUUUCACAAAAGCGAAACCAUAUCUCCGAUGGAACUAAA